AUGGGUGCUAGUAUGUUAUUUUAGUCUUUAAAAGUUUGGUUACCUAAUCCUAAUACACUUAUAGAACAAUCACUUAUCAAUGAAGAUAUUUAUGAGCAGAUGGAUCAGCAUUCCUUAAUGCUGUACAAUCCUUCAUAUCACUUGGAUAUUUGUCAGAGCCAUCAGUUUCUACUUGAUCAAAGGUUCCUGCGUGAAUCUCCAAAGGUUUGUCAAAAAUCUGAGUCAAAGACUGAACUUGUUGUUGAAAAUACAGAUUCAGAAUGAGUAGAGACAGAGUACAUUAAUGACCCUUUCUUUUGUACUCUUACAAAGAAUCAUAAAUUUGGCAAAGAUCUUAUAAGUUCGAAAGGGGAGAUAUGAUUUAUGAAGACAUCUUCAGGUCAAGGAAAUCGAAUUUCAACUAGACAUCAUUCAAUUAGUGCCAUCCCUUCUGCACUUUGAUUCAGUUUAAAUGAUUCAGGACCCAGACUCGAAGUAAUUGGGGAGGCUAUAUUUUAUAUGAUAUUCAUCUCGACAAAGACAAAGAAAUCGGUUUCCUCACAAAAAGCGAGCAAGAUGUUCAAUGAUCCCAUUUUUAAACAUAAAAAUUUUGAAAUGGAGAAGAUUCGGGUGCAGACAAUCUCUCCCCCUCAUUGCAUCUAUCAAUUGAGGGCUAAGAAAGAUGAAAAGAUUAACCUAAGUCUUAAAGAAAUCAAUAAAUUCCUUCACCAACUCUAUACCAAAAUGCGGAUUGAGGAUCAAAUCCUUGUUCAAAUGUUAUACUAUCUCAUAAAAAUAGUGAGACUAGGAGAAGUCUAUUUAACUGCUAAAAACUGGAAACCCUUGGUUCUCACCUCACUUAAUCUCUCAGCAAAGUUUUUAUAUGAUACUUGGUACAAGAAUAAAGACUUUGUGCAGAUUACAGGUUUAUAUACGCUCAAGAGGUUCAAUGGAUUUGAGAGAAGAUUUGUGAAGGAAAUUCGGUAUGAGCUGUUUUCACAGCCUGAACAUUUGGCAAAACUCCAAACUGAUCCUGUAAAGUACAUCUCCGCCCUUUGACCGUCUCAGCCUAAAACCCAGUCCUAAACCCACUCAGACUGGG